AUGGCCCAGCAACGACGUGAGGUUCAUCAUGGAUGCAGAAGCAGGCACCGGCUGAUGGGGAAGUUGACCUGGUCGGCGUCUGAUUAUAAUUGUCCCAUUAUCGUACAACUCGAGAAGGUUAAGUACUCCACAAAGAAGCGAGAGUGUUUUGCGCUGGGCUGGAAGAAGCGCUGGAAACGCAAGCUCGUACACUGCCUUUGUCGGUUCGUCACGAUACAAAAGAAGUUGCGAAUACAAUUCCAACACAUCACCAUCGUUCAUGUUGAGUUCGGUUGGAACCGGGGUGCUUCCUACAGGGUACGACACCGCGAGUCUUUCGGUAUGGGUGGUGGUAAUUCCAGUGCCCACACUCAAAUUUUUCGUGGCAGCGGUGGUGGAAGCGGCCGAAAGAAGCAGUGCCAAAGAUGCAUUAGAAUUGGUGCGAUGCUGCUCCUCCAACUGUCCCCGGCGCUCUCUCUUCUCACGUUCAAUUCUCUCACGUUCCUGGGCCGGGAGCAUUUUCUUGUAUUCAACUCGAAGCUUGCGGCCACCGAUUUCACGACCGUUCAACUGGUUCACCACCAGCGUGGUCUCGUCGGUCAGGGUGAAGUUUGCAAACGCAAGCCCCCGGAACACUCCGUUGUCGAAAUGGUAGUUGAACGCAUAGGGAAGCGGAAGGCUCAACUUGGUCAUCACGUCCAAGAGUUGUUCUUUCUUGAUCGCGAACGGAAUAUUUUUGAUCACAAUGGCGGUGGGAAUGAGGUCGUCAUCAUCGUCGUCAUCGUCGUUAUUAUUGUCGUUGUUUUCAUCAUCGUCAUCGUCAUUAGUUUUUUUCUUUUUAAGCGCUGCUGCUUGGGCUUGCUGCUGCUCAACCCAAGGGCCAACGCCAAUGGUCAGGCCGCCGGCCACGUUGCUCCAGGCUUGAUUGGAAGCAGAGGACGAGGGGUUCAGGUUAGCAGAAGCAACGGCACCACUCGAAGGACCAGAAAUCCCGGUAGGAGGACCACCGGAAAUCAGUCCUGGAGUCGAUUGGCGGCCGCCAUUUAA